GGCGGCGGCAGUGGUGGCGGCGGCGGCAGCAGCAGCAGGAGCAGCAGCGUCCCGGGAGAGACGCGUCCAGCUGGUGUGGGAGCUGCCGGCCUGUAACGAGCGCGCUGCGCUGCUCCGCGCCCCGGACCCGGGGCUGACUGGCCCGCCGGUAAUUGAUCAAAAUCUUCAGAAGAUUGGAAGCCCUUGCAUUUUUCAAUCAAAGUCCUGAAGCCUCCCUGGGCAACAAAGAAUAUUAAGCACGGCUGUUUACUCAGUUGCUUCUAUGCCAGGAACGGAAUAUGUCGAAGACUGCAUGCCACCAAUAUCGAGUGAAGGCCUGGAACUCAACACACAAUGGUUUUUAGAAAUGCAGAUUAAAAAAAUGAAGGAAAUAAUACCACAGUUAUAUACUGAUCAGGUGGAUGACAGAAAUAAUUCUGUGACUACAUCAUCAAAACAACUCAGCAGUGAAUAUAUGAAUCAGCCCAAUGGACGUGAAGCUCAGCCCCAGGGUUUUCAAGACACCAAGGCAGAGGAUGACAAGAUGUCUGUGGUUACUUGUGUGAGGUGUAGAAGUGUACAAAAAAUUCCACUCCAGGAGCUGAAAAAGGAUAACCAAUAUAGUCACAAUGAGGACCAGAUGUUCUUCGUUUGUGUCAAGUGCAACUUAGGUCUAUCUCCUCCUUUCCCUUGUAUUAAUGAUGUACCAACUGCUAUUGAUUCAGGAAAUAAAGAUAAUGCGAUUUCAAGGACUAUCACUAACCAAUUUAAAGUAAAAAACUUUCAGCCAGGCAAAUAUUACUGUGAUAAGUGCCGGUUUUCUACCAAGGACCCUCUGCAGUAUAAAAAGCACACGCUCCAACAUGAAGAAAUUAAAUUCUUUUGUUCACACUGCAACUAUGUCUCAUAUACAAAAGGAGAAUUCCAGAGGCAUUUGGUGAAACACACAGGGACAUUUCCGUAUCAGUGCGAGUAUUGUGACUAUGGUGCUGUUAGAAAUGAUUAUAUAGUUAAACACACAAGACGAGUUCACGAGACCGGUGGUGAGAAACGACCUCUUAAACAGGCCAUGGAACACCAGCCAAAGAGAACCAAUUUUUCAAAACUGAACUCUGAGGUUCUUAUAAAUGAAGUUUCUAAGUCAAAUUCUUUUCCGAAUGAGCCGUCGGAUUUACCCUUAUGUUUCUCUGGCCAUGGAGAGCAGGACAAAGCAGGCCACUCUGUUCCCUUACCUGAGUCUAAAGAGUAUAGUAAGGAUGAAGCAGCCUCAGCUCCUGAUAAAGCCUGCCUUCCUGAACCAAGCAAAGUUAACUUUUUUGAGAAUGAAAAUGUGGAAGUUGAAUUGUUAUCACCAGCAAAAGAACCUGUACAGCCAGGUAUGCCACUCACUGUGGUUGCACCAGCAGAACUUCGAGUCCCUGAUAACUGUUUAGCCCAGUUGAUAGAUGUUAAGGUAGUCAAUGGGACCCAGCAACUUGUUCUAAAACUAAUUCCACUGAAAGAAAAAAAUGGCCUUAAACCUGGCAGCCCUGAUGAGCUUAUGAGCAAAUCUACAGUGCCAAAUGAGCAAGAAAAAUUAGUGCCUACUGAACAAACCCCACCAGCAGUGGAAGGGAGUCCUGAGAAGCCAUUGGGCAUUAGUAAUCUGCACUCCACAGAUUAUACACAUGUGAAGGAUCUAGAUUGCAGAAAGUCUUCUGUUUCUCAAGUGUUAAAGAAUAAGUCAGAGACUAAUCAAAGCCAAUGUGAGUCCUGUCCAAAUAGUGACAGAACUGGGGAUUGGAGGCAAGACAUGCUUUCAGUUCCAUAUGGAACAUGCCUUUCUCCUGUUUCCUCAAGAGAUGGUGAUAUAAAACAAAAUAAGUAUUUUUCUUCAUUACCUGUGGUGAAUAAUGGUGUUUUAUGCAGUCCUCUGAAAAGAUCCGGUGUGUUGCCACAUAUGUCUACCCUCUCCCCCAAUCAAGACAGAUUUCAGAAACAUUUAGAAAAAUCACCAUCAGACUGCAAACCUGCUGAAGCAGUUGGGGCUUUUGCAGAAAGAGGUAUGUUGCCAGCAAGCCCAGGGACCUCUCUGCAAAGGAAUGAAGCUGAUACUUUUAAAAUGGUUCCUUUCAGUGAAAAGCUGAAACAAGCACAAGUAAAAGAACCUUCAGAUGAUCCAAAUCCAAUGCAAAAUUCCUCUUUACAUAGUGAACAAUCACACAUCAACCUAAUUAGAGAAAAUGAUAUUAAGACUCAAGAUCCUGACGAGGACAUGUUGGAUGAUCUUGGUGGAGUUACUCUUCAGAAUUCAGGAAGUAACAUCACUUCUUCAGAUGGCCCUGUCAUUUCAUCAGUGUUUUCUCUUAGCUGUGGGGCUGAAAAUAUCCCCGAAGGGAUUAAAUGGGACAUUGCAAGUUGUAGGACAAACCCAGUUACUUCAAUGCAUAGAAAAAUUGCCCAGUUGAUUGCUGCUACUGAAUCUUCAAAAUCUUCAUUGUCUCCUCCAAGCACAGUGGAACAGCAAUCCUCUCCUUUGAAAACUCCCAUAGACUGUGUUCUGGGGCAUAAUGCACCAAGUCAUGAUCCAGCUCCAACCCAGGGCCUGCAGAGCAAUGGUGUUGAUAUUGAACAAUUUACUCAUGAACAAAUGCGACACCAGGACUGUGAUGAGGAACAAACAAAAGUUAUUGAAACUAGAAAGGAUCAUGACACUGUUCCCAUGUUUGUUUCAAAAGGGACUGUGUUGAAAGCGUUCAGUUCCACUGAGAAUGAACAUUUAGAAGAGAAUAAAUUGUCGUGUGAUGUGUUUGGCAAUGAGAGGCUGUUAUCAAAAUCUGUUCCCUUCAGUUUUCUUAAACAGGUAGGCGAAGACUUUUCUUUGACAAAGGAAAGUCUGUCAACAGACAGUUCCAGAAAUCUUGGUACAUCAUUGGAGAAUAAGCCAAAUCAAGAAUUCACUACCAGUACUAUCUCUAACAAAUCAAUUUCUGCCUGUUCACAACCAAAAGAAGGCAAUGACCAGGAUAAACAGGAAAAAUUGAUUUUUGGUGGCCCCUCAGGGUCCAAAAUUAAGACAAAAGAGGCAGUAAUCCCCAAGAAAAAACCCAAAACUCAAUCUGACCCCAGUCAGUUGCUUCCAGAUGUUUGUAUUUUUAUGACAUCAAGACAUCUCAGACUUAUGCCUGUCAAAACAGAACAGUUGAUUAAAUGCCCCCGCCGGAACCAACCUGUUGUUGUGUUAAACCACCCAGAUGUUGACUCAAUAGAAGUGAUUAAUGUGAUGAAGGUUGUCAACAAGUACAAAGGCAAUGUCCUCAAAGUGGUUUUAUCAGAACGAACAUGUGACCAACUAGGUAUAAAGCGGCAUCACAGGCGACUUAUCUAUCAGAACAUGGAGGCAGUGUUACCAGUGAAAAAGCAGACUAUGCUGAAAAUGAAACUUAAAAAGAUCCACAAGAACAGCUACCAGGUAGUGGAUUCCUUACCAGGUGAAUCAGUACAGGGUAUGUUUAAAUGUUGGUUUUGUGGAAGGAUAUAUGAAGACCAGGAAGAGUGGAUGAGUCAUGGGCAGCGACACUUGAUAGAAGCAACCAGAGAUUGGGAGCAGCUUUCUCCUCCUUUGGGGAUCCCCAAAUGAAUAGAUGGGAUUAAAAAUAUUUGGCUUUUCUUGUAUUAGGUAGAUUUUAUUUUUUUGAGGGCAGGAGGAUGGGAAAGGAAAGAGGUCAGAAUGAGAGGGAGAAAAAAUGCAAAUUAUGGAUAGGGAUAAAAAGAGUAGCACUUCAGAAAAUCUGAAAUAUCCAGAGUAUUCUAAACAGGUCAAAGUCUUUUAUACUCUGCAUCAUUUUAUGGACACAGAUAUUAAUUGGGUUCUGUUUGCUCAAUAGGAAGUAAAUUGCCACAGAAGAAAUAGACCAAGUGGUCCUUGACACUUAGUCUUGCUUUUAAUUCUUUGGUUUUUACCAAAGGAGAACUGAUGAGCAGCAAGAGCAUGCCUUAUAGUGAACCACGAGCCACCACUACCCCACCUUCUUCCUCUCCCCCUAACAAAACAUUGGUUUAUAACCUGUUUGAGUGUAAAGACAUUUAACAUUAAACACACACACACACACACACACACACACACAACUCAUGAAUAUAUGGUUGUAGUUUUACAUUAGUAUCCAGUGAGAGAGAAAAUACAUCUCAUUUGCAGUAAUGGGACCUUAUAAUAACUUCAUCUGCUAUUUCUUUCUCUUUUCCCUUCCCUGCUCCAGCUGGGGCCUCUAACAUUUUCAAGCUCCUGGGUUGGAAACCAUUGCCCUAAACAUGAUGGAAUGCUAGAAUCUUUGCACAUUUUCCUAGUCUUAUUUUUUAAGAAGAUUAAAAUUGUCCUCAUAAUUGUAAAAUAUGAAGGGUGGACUAGAUGCCUAGCGGUAUGGUGGAAAAGAUGCACUAAAUUGGGAGUCAGAGGGCCUGGCUUCAAAUAUUCACUUUGCUAUUUUUCCAAGUCACUUCUUUUUGGGCCCCAGUUUUCUCAGAAAUAAAAUGAGGUUGGUUGGACUAGAUAUCUGAGGACUCUUCCAUUUCUAUGUUCUAUCAUUGGAUUCUUGAUUAUUGCCUAGGUUAUGCAAGUGAAACAGACCUUAGACAGCUUCUAAAUUUAAUGUUAUUUAGAUAGGACUAGAGGGAAGGGAGUUUUUUAUUUUUCCAAGUGCCUGAUUUUUCCUCCUUUUUUAGUGCCUGUUGCCUAUUAUUGUGGUUAACAGUAAGGGACAGAUUAUUCCAAGGUGCGAAAUGCCCAUUGUCAUAAAAGGGCAAUUGGGAAUGGGAGUUGGGGUAUAGAUAGGAGGAAAGGGCAGGACAAGAAGGAGUAACCUUUUUGAGUUAAUCUUAAACUGUUUUCCUGGGCUAUACAUAGGCAGACAAAACCUGUUCUUCCUCACCUUAAGUUUUCAAAGAAAGUCAUGGAUCAUAUAUAUUUUUUAAAUUUCAGAACAUGGUGGCAAGGAGAUAUGUUGCAUUUAGAAUUGCCCGCUGUUGCAAAUAUCAUUCCUUACAGAAUCAUGACAGCAAUUUAAGUUAAAACAAAUUUAUUUAGUUUAUUGAGUUUGCUGGUAAAAUGGUGUGUUUUUUUUUAAUCCUCUGUACAUAUGUGUGCAUAUCUGCAGCUAAACACAUAAAUAUUUUUAGAGUAUUGUUUGAAAAUGUCAGCAGUACCUAUUUUCACUGACCCAUUUUAUAAAGAAUUACUAUAGUCUGGAAAAUUUUAAGUACUUUUUUUAUACUCAAGAAAUGACGCCUUUAUUUUGGGAGUGCGUUUUUUAAUAAGUACUGAUCUCAGCUUGUAGAAAAUCAAAGCACAAUUUGUGGUGAUUUGGAUCUGAUUUAUAAGAACAAAUGGAGGAAUCUGUCAAUAUUUCAUUUCAUCAAUACAGUAUUAAGAUAGGGAUAUUUCAGAUGGUGCUUUUAGGAACUGUCAUAUUAUACUUAAGUUAAGAAAACAAAAGUUAUAUAUGUACCAUGCAAAUUUACAUCCUAAUAUGCAAGGAGGUGUCUGAGACGUUAUGAAAGAGCAAAGUGGUAGGCUUUUAAAUCAUCUCGUGAAGAGAUGGAAGGGUGGGAUUUGGGGAGAAGUAGGAGUAAUAGAAAUGAGGUCAAAGUAUUGAGAGCCUUCUAUCACAUUGUAGUGUUCAUUUGCAUUAUAAAAUAUAAUUAUUUCUUAAUGAAAAUGUUUUUCCUGUAUUACAUCAAAAGAUAGCUUCACCUAAUUUAUAUGAAAAUGAGUUUUGUAGGGUAUAAGUGCUUGUAUGUUUCCACCGUUAUAGGAAACAGUUGGCUCAAAACAAAAAAUAUUCCUGACUAUUAGAUCUCCCUGAAGUGUAAUGGACUGCCUUAGGAGGUAGUGAGUUCUUCGAUGUCUUCAUGUAGAAGCUUGGAUGACCACUUGUCAAAGAUAAUAUAAGGGGAAUUCCUAAUAGGCACAGCCUCUGAAGUCCUUUCCAAUUCAUUAGAUUCUGUGAUUCUGAAACUUGUAGUUUUCUUAACACAGGAAAAUCUGAAAGAACUGUUGAACAUCUUUUAGGCUCAUUGUUUCCUGUAUAAAAAACUUUCUUAUUUCCUUGAAGCAAUCUCCCAAGACUUAUUUGAAUAUAAAUAUGUUCACUUCAAGAACUUAUAUUAAUGAUAGCCACAACAAAAAAUUUUAACAUAGUUUUUUCUUUCUUUUAGUACUCGAAGGGCCUACUUAACCACAGUUUAAAAGGAGUACUCAGCACGAAUUCAGUACAACCCCUUUUUUCUUGAAAUGGGACCAGAAAAUUGGAUGACCUUCCUAUAUUCGGAAUUAAGGUGUAGAACAGUCCCGUGGUGCCCUGUAAAGUAGUUAAUGUUAAAAUUCAUCUUCAUCAGAGACACUGCAAUUUACAAAUGGCAGAGUAUUAACCCUACAAAACUUAACCUCUCCCUUUUCCAGGAUAACUUUUGGAUUACAUCUUACAGAAAGUGAGGUUAUGUUGUUCAAACUUUGUCAUCCUUUUGGAAUUUGUUUUCUACUUGUAUGCAUUUAUAAAGUACAAUGUUUAGAAUAUUUGAAGGAUUGUUUUAAGUCCUGUAUUGUUUUCUGUGGUUGCUGUUCUAAUUUUGAAACAAACAUUUGUACAUAGUUAUA